CAUAUCUAUUUUCAUAAAUGAUUAUCUUAGUUCAUGAUUGAUAUUGAUAAAUUAUAGAUAACAGAUAAGACCACGCUGUUGAUGGGCGCCUAUAAAUUACAAGUUUACAAGUAAUAACAUUAACUGUUACUGUAUAGUGUUUACUAAAUAAACUACAUUUAAUGUCUACAUACUCUACACUAAAUAAGUUAUACAUACUUAUAAUUUCACUCACUACUGACAUGAAAACGGCCACUACGAAUUUAUAAAGGUAAAGAAAUCAUCUAAUAUAAUGAAGGUUUACUGUCUGCAAAACGGGAAGUAUUUAGGAGUAUCGUAUUUUACAAACGUCGAAAAUAUAAAAUGGCUUAAAGACAACAUGGCUUCAAUUUUCAAAGAUAAAUCACCAGUGUUAAUUAGUCGCAGAUUGAUUGUCGAUCCAUUUCAGAUUGUAGUUGCUGUGAACAAUGCUUACUUGUCCAGCGAAAACUCUUGUAUGAAGACUAAGUCUCUUGCUAACGAAAUUUUGUUCAAUUUAUCAGGAACAAAAAACAUCACACAAUCGUUGAAAGAUACAAGCGCCAAUGAUCAGGAUGAUGACAUGAUAGUUGCGCUUAUUUCAAAGUUCUCCAAUGUUCCAGAAAUGAAAAUAUUUCAAGAAAAAUGUAUUAAAGGCAGUGAAACAGAUAUUUCAGAACUUGCAGAAAAUAUUGAUGAAAAUUAUAUUAAAUCUUAUUACAAAAUAAGUCAAAUAGAAAAUGCAAACUCUAGUUUACUUGAUUCUAUUGUUACUAGAAUUGCUUGUAAAAUUCUAACAAUAUAAAACUAGAUUUGAAUAAUUAUAA